GUUUGGAAACGCGUCAUUUCAGGUGGUUCUAUAUGUCGAUGCUAUGGCCCUAACAUUUAGAUCUUAUUACAGAAAUAAAUUUUUUCACUCAUAGGUGUAACUGAAUGCAAAUCCAGACUUCACGCAAUAAAUUUAUCAUUUAGGUUUGUUGAACGUAAAGCAGAAAUUCACCAUUUUAUUCAUAUAACUAUAACUGUUACACAAGGAUUGUUCAGAGGACGAUGCCCCCCAUUGUUGUGUCUGAAAGAUCUCGUCUUUAACAUUGAUUAUCUACGAACGUAAAACUCAUUCUGAUGACCAAGUGAGCUUUUUUACGAAGUACCUCGAUAUACUUUGGUGACAUAGUAUGAAGAUUCCUAAUGGGGAAAUAAAAUCCUGGAUCAGGUACUCGAGGAGCUGGAGCUGGCGUAUUUGCAGCUAUAGGCAAUGGAGCUGGAGGCUGCGAGGGGUCCAAUAUAAUGCCACCGAACUGUUCCUCAUACUUGACCACUUCUUGUAACUCCUGAAAUAAAACUUUCAGAGAUGGAAGAAGCUGCGGAAGACAGAAGUGGGUAACUUCAUGCAUGUAAGGAUCAACGAAUAUUUCAAACGGCCUGAAAAUCAAGGAUGAAAAUUAUCAGUGUCUCAAUCAAGCGACUCUUGCUAAUUAUUGAAGUCAUAUAGUCGAUAUUCCACAAAUAUCUUACCCAACAGCCAAAGCAAUGUUCGGAGCACAGGCUGGAGUGUUUAAAACAUAGUGAAAAGUUUUUCUUCGCAUAUCUGGAGUAUAAACAACCUCUACCAAGUCUCCGCAAGAUACGGCAGUCAUUGAAUCAUCAACCGUAAAUUCCAAUUUCCAUGUACAAGGCUCCGCAAAACUAUCCACACAAGGAAACCACAGACGAGAUGAGUUCUCAUAGCUGUUAACUGCAUCGACUGCACUGCAUCCCACCUUUCGGCCAUGUGCAUCCAAUCUCGAUUACGGGAUUUCGAUAGUACUGUACGAGAAUGAACUUCUCGAAGCCACCAUCGCUUCUAAAACUUUGUUGUAAAAAUGGAUGGAAAACUAGCAGAAACGACGUAGGUUUAUUUUUUUUUAAUUACUGCAUUGAACCAAUUAAACUAAAAGAAGUUUGCAAGGAGCCGGAACCAUCAAAUUUAAUUGAAGUGACAGCAGGCCUGGAGAUGCUUACUGUUAAGUCAAACAUAUCUCCUAAUAUUACCAGACGUGUUCUCAGGAAACGGGUCCAUCAGCCUGAUGUACCUGUUACAGCUAAUCGAAGGUGUAGUCAGAAGCCGAGAAAAAGAGCAUACUCUGAAAUGGAAACUGAUAAUGAUGUAAAGCAGUAUUACUUGGACAAAAGUUUAAAGCUCUCACCAACUAGUCUAGAGACAAUUUUGGAAGAAAAAAAGGGAACAAGCGAAAGCAACAUUUAUAUUGGCGCAAAAAAGUUCAGAAGAAUGAUAAAGUUUCAAGUGGAGCCAACAGCUUCUAAGAUCAAGAAACGGCGGGCAAAAGUCAAAAAAAUUUUUGGACGUAACAUAAACAACAGGUUAAAACGUACAACGAUGCAAGCGUUGUUAGAUAAACUUAACAAUAUGCAACCAGAGUCAUCUCCAGAUUUUGCGGUUGCUAAGUGACUCAAAUGAUGAUUGUGGUUCUGUUUGUGAGAGAAUACAAGUGUGACAAGGAUGCUGAUUGUAAUGUAUUCCUAGGGCUGAUUCUGUGAGAGUACUGUGUGCAAGAUUAAGUUAAAAUAUUUGAAUGGUUGGUGGGUGAAUAAUGAAAAAGUUGCCGUACACGUUUGUGUGAAUUGAAAACUAUUAUACUAUGUAAUGUAUCAUAAUGACUGUUAAUCAGUUCCUUUUUAUAUAAUAUGGUUCUUUAAAUGUAAGUUUUUUACCAAUGGGAUUAAUUUGCUUGGGUAUAUUAUGACAAAUACUUGCCAGAUAAUGUCACAAUUGAGUAAGAGACAUUUCGGCCAUUUCAUGAGUUAUCGAUGUCCUAAUUCAUAACAUGUUCGCAUAAUUAUUUAAUUGCACAAUGAAUAUUGCUGGUGCAUUUGAGAUUGAAUCUGAAUGUGUAUAUAUCAUUUGUAAUCGAGUUGGUAGAAAGUAAUGAUACGUCGUGUUUAUAGAUCACAAUGCAAUCUUUAUUACAUAAAAAUAUUUCAAAUACAAAACUCAAUAAUGAGUAAGUAAUAUACAUACUCCAUACAGUAGCCAAAAGAAAUUAAGUAACUUUCGUAUGAGGGGUAUACAAAAAUAGAUGUUUCGUUUUUUCAAAAAGCUCAGGCCUCAAGUGGUAAUCACUGUUCUCUUCUUGUGUUCAUAGGCCGAAUAAACUCUACCCAACUUGUUCACUAUUUGGAAUUAAACAAUUUGUUGCGCCUUCUGCACAACCUUCAUAUUCUCUCAGA